UGACUGUAUUUCGGGUCACGGGAGGCAUGAGAGUUCAACGCCAUCGUAUUUCACCCCAGAAAUGUCUGUCCUCGUCUUUCUGCCCACAAUCAAGGGUAGUUAUCGCCAACACUCGCCCGCAAGUGACAGCAGCAACUGGACCAGAGGGUCGUGAAACUCAGUAGGAGUUGCCAAGAUAUGUUUCCAAUCCUCAGUGUGUCUCCGGACUGUGUUUGUGACGUGAAGGAAAUGUGCUUCGGAGUCUCUAGCAGAUGAGAAGAAGACGGGCAGAAAUGGGUGGAAAGAAAUCCAAGAUCUCGGCAGACGACGACACGACGCAUUCGGCAAGAAAGACUCCCGAGGAAAACCUUCCCAGCGCCGAACGCAUUCGCAAACACAUGACCACACACUUCGGCUACAGCGUUCUCAGCCUGGCUCGGCGUGGGAUUCGGGAUCCUCCGGAGGGUCUGUGGGAUCUGACGGAUCUACAGAAACUCAACCUGUCACUCAACUCUCUACGAUCCAUUCCCUCGUCUCUGGGAUCGUUGGAAAACCUAGUGGUGUUGAAUCUGUGGGGGAACCAGCUGACCAGUUUACCGCCUGAGAUCGGGCGUCUCCGAAACCUGAAGGUGCUCUUCGCGUAUCGGAAUCGGUUAAGCGACGUUCCCGAGGAACUGGGAUGCUGCACUAAACUGGAAGUUUUAAGUCUGGCUAAUAAUCUUCUCACCGGCCUCCCGUCGACGCUUUCAUCCCUCGACGGACUCAAGAAGCUCAACCUGAGCCACAAUCACAUCAAUCACAUCCCCGGAUGCGUUUACGCCAUGAAGAGCCUGGUGUUCCUGCAGCUGGCCUGCAACAGACUGGAAAACAUCGCGGAUCAGAUCCAAGCGCUGGCCGACUUAAAGAUCCUCAUCGUCGAGGGAAACUGCAUCCACUCGCUUCCCAAGAUGCUCUGCCGUCUGACCAAGCUGGAGCUCCUGAAUGUGGACUUCAACGACAUCCAGAGCGUCCCGGCGGAGAUGCACCGGCUGAGACGCCUGGAGAAGUUAGCGUGCCAUCCGCUGGAUAAAGGCCUUCACAUCGUGCACAAUCCCCUGCUGAAACCCAUCAAAGAGGUUCUGGACGGGGGUCUGCAAGCGCUCUACAGUUACCUGAGGAACCCGUAACACACACACUCUACAGUUACCUGAGGAACCCGUAACACACACACUCUACAGUUACCUGAGGAACUCGUAACACACACACUCUACAGUUACCUGAGGAACUCGUAACACACACUCUACAGUUACCUGA